AUGGCCGAAACAACAUCACCAACUAUAUCACACAUUUCAGACCUGACGCCACCGUCCAUCGAGCGAACAUGGCUCACUGCCCCGCAUCCUGAUCUUCCCUUUGCAGCUACCUGCAGCGCCGACAAGACAGUGCGCGUCUAUUCGCUGCGCAAUUUCAAGCUGCUGUCAACGAUAACAGGCGGACACAAACGAAGUGUCCGAAGCUGCGCGUGGAAGCCAUCAGUAAAAGGCGAGAGCGUUCUCGCAACGGGCAGUUUCGAUGCAACUGUGGGUAUCUGGCGACGGUGGAACAACUACGGCCAAGAUGAUGGGGACAAACCGUGGAUAUUGGAUGACAGCAACAACAAUAAUUCAGAUGAACUGGAAGAAGAAGUGACCAGUCAUAAGCUCAGGCAUGAUGCGGACGAUGCGGGCUCCGAUGAAGACGAGGAAUGGCGAUUUGCUGUGUUACUGGAUGGCCACGAUAGCGAAGUUAAGUCGGUAUCUUGGUCACCAUCGGGGAUAUUUUUGGCGACGUGUGCGCGCGACAAAUCUAUAUGGAUUUGGGAGGACCUAGAUGAUGGGGACAACAAUUUUGAAACGGUGGCUGUGCUGCAGGAGCAUUCCGGCGACGUCAAGUGUGUCUCCUGGCACCCGACAGAAGAUUGUCUGGCAAGCGGCAGUUAUGACGAUACGAUAAGGAUAUGGCGAGAAGAUAUCGACGACUGGGGUCAGGUGGCAUGCCUAAAAGGCCACACAGGGACAGUCUGGUUUGUGGACUGGGAGCCUGUUGGCAAUGUCCCGUCUACCCUGCAAUCUCCUGAGCUCAGAGAACAAUGGAAAGAGAAACAUGCUCUGUCAGGACCUAGAUUAGUGUCCGGCUCGGCAGAUGGAACUGUGCGAGUGUGGCGGCGACAGGCAAAGCAAGCAUCUACGGCGAACACGGGUAUACCGAGUAUUAUUCGUCCUGUCGGGAUCGAUGAGACCUGGAACGAAGAAGCUAUUUUGCCUUCUAACCAUGCCCUUGCUAUCUACUCAGUUGCCUGGAGUAAACGUACGGGACUUAUUGCAUCUACCGGGUCCGAUGGGAGAAUUGUUGUUUACGAGGAGCGGCUUUUACAAACACCAGCACCGGAGACCACUUCCGGUGACAAAGACGCAAUGGACGUCGACUCGUCUUCUGCCAAACCUGCUGAUAAAAGUGAUGUUGCUGGUUCUCAAACUAAUUGGGUUAUCCUUGCUUCGAUAGAUGCUGCGCAUGGAAUAUACGAGGUGAACCAUGUCACUUGGGCGAAGCGUGCAGAUAGGGCCCGGAGCGUAGAAUCUUCGAGCACCGAAAUAGACGAAGUUCUUAUCAGUACCGCUGAUGAUGGCAGCGUCAAGGUGUGGUCCCUGGAGGGAAUCCGUAAUGGAAAUAUCUAG